AUAAAUCUGUUUUAUCACAAGGAUAUGACAUCCCGUUUUAUAUAAUAGGAGAUAAUGCAAUACAUAAAGUUCCGAUUAAACAUCAGUUCAGUCCGAGGCAUUCGUGCCAACGACUGUUUAUAGGUAUUUUCGUAAAUGGACUUUUCUGAUUUUUAAAGAUGUAUUUAGUUCACGCAUUUGUACUUCUGCUGGGAAUAUGGUUGUGUGAUGCCGGCUACGGUUUGUCUGAACAAGAUGCCCUUUCUGACGUAGAAGCCCCUGCGUACGUUCCAGCUUACGCGAAAAACAAACAAUUUGGCACAAAAACCGGAUAUGGUACAAGAACUGGUUACGGUACCAAAACUGCUUAUGGUACAAAAACGGGAUAUGGUACAAAAACUGGCUAUGGUACGAAGACUGGUUAUGGUACGAAGACUGGUUACGGUACAAAAACCGGUUACGCUGGCACAAAAACCGGAUAUUCGGGAUAUUCAGAGUCUAGAACUUGGAACUCGGAGUCUGGAUCAGCCCCUACGUACCAGGAGUUGCAGCACAAUGCCAACCAGAUAUUUGCAGGUCCGAAAUGCGAGCCCACCUGCAAGAACAACGGUAUCUGCAUCGACACCAACACCUGCCACUGCCCGGCCAACUUCCAGGGCAAGUGGUGCGAGUUCGAGAAGAAACCGUGCUUGACGUACCCACCUCUACCCAUGAAUUCUAUGAGGAAAUGCAAUGAUGAGUACUUGAACAACGGCAGCAUCGAUAUCAACUCUUGCCACUGCCCGGCCAACUUCCAGGGCAAGUGGUGCGAGUUCGAGAAGAAACCGUGCUUGACGUACCCACCUCUACCCAUGAAUUCCAUGAGGAAAUGCAAUGAUGAACUUUGUACAAUAACCUGCGCCGAAGGCCACAAAUUCAUCGACGGGACCACGGUAGCGAACAUGCGUUGUGUGGACGGCCAAUGGCGACCGACUCGAGCAGAUUUCUCGUCCAUACCGGACUGCGAGCCGGAGUGCAACCCGCCCUGCCUUAAUGGAGGCGUAUGUCUGUCAGUCAAUACUUGUCAGUGCCCGCAGGAGUACAGGGGGCCGCAGUGUCAGUACUCGACAUCUGUGUGCGAUUUCCGCAAGUUAGCGUUCAAUGGCAACUACAAAUGCAAGGGCAACGAUGAAGAGUUUUCCUGCCGCCUCAGUUGCCCGGCCGGUGCCACGGCUUCCGCCACUUUCGCUGAACAGUACACUUGUCUGUAUUCUACGGGGAUGUACUCGCCACAACCGAUCCCGCAUUGUGUAUUCACCGAAGUCGUUGUUGUCACGCCCAGCAACUACCAUUCGGGAUACAGCAGUAGCUACUACGAAACCUACUUCCACAACGGCAGCGAAAGCCAAAGCCACAGCCAAAUCGGGUACGGCUACGGUAAGCACGGUGGCUACCAGACCAGCCAUGGUUCAGAGACAGUGGAAUACGGCAAGCAGGGAGGUGGCACUAAGGGCACUAAUGUGCAUAUCGUCGUGCAGGACUUUACGCCGAAGGGCGGCACUUGCUUGACGUGGGCUGGGGUGCAUUAUAAGACGUUUGAUGGGAAGAUCUAUAGCUUCGCGUCCCCAUGCCAACACAUCCUAGUGCAAGACGCGAAGGAGCACGAAUUCACGGUGGCGGUGAAGCAGGGCACGUGUCAGAGGAAAGACUACUGUCCUCUGGAGCUGACCAUCUACUUGGAAGAGAAGCCCUACGUGUUGUCCGCUGGAGUUUCAGAAGAAGAAGGCACUGUGCUGUUUCGUAGUACGCGCCGGCUGAUCCCGAUCCCUGCCUCGCUGCCGGGCAUUCGCGUCUCCAUGCCGGGCGACUACGUCGUUGUGAAUCUGGACGCUGUCGGCGUUGUCAUCAAAUGGGACACUAAUAACGUAGUAGUAGUUGAAGGCUCUGUUCUUCUAUGGAACAACACCCAAGGUCUCUGCGGCCGACUAGACGGCAAUCCAGAGAACGACUUCACAACUAAAGAAGGCACCAUCGCUAAGACUAAAUCCGUGCUGGCUUCAUCCUGGCAGAUCAAGAAAAUUGGGGAUAUAUGCGACAGUUCGCCGUCGGAGCCGAACGCAUGCGCGAGCAAGACUCAAGAGGAGCUGAGGAAAGCGCAGCUGUUCUGCACCAACGUGUUCGUCAAGGAAAAGUUCAGGAAAUGCUCUAGCGUAAUGGACGUGACUCAGUUGCUCGAAACAUGUGUGUGGGACUACUGCGCUUGCACAUCCGGCUUAAGUCCGGAGGACUGUGCAUGCAACACGGUGUCCGUGUACGCGAAGGAGUGCCAACGACUGGGUGUCAAGGAGAUGAAAGACUGGAGAGAUGCUGAGACAUGCCCAAUGAAAUGCGCGGAAGGUAAGAUCUACAAAUCCUGCGGCCCCGACGUCCAGCCCAGCUGUCAGUUCCCCAACCCCUCCCCGCCCGACGCUAAAACCUGCGUGGAGGGCUGCUUCUGUCCCGAAGGGCUACUUCUAGAAGCUGGCAAGUGUGUGCCCAAAGAACAGUGCCCUUGUCGGCUGAGGAAUAAGAGCUUCAAGCCUGGGAAGACGGUGAAAAAGGAUUGUAAUACUUGCACAUGCCAAGCCGGCGAAUGGACCUGUACAGCUGUACCAUGCGGGGCCCGCUGCGGCGCCGUCGGCGACCCUCACUACACCACCUUUGACGGACUACGUUACGAUUUCAUGGGGCACUGCACUUAUACGCUCCUCCAGGCCGAAAAUGUUACGGUUGAAGUGGAGAAUGUGGCAUGUGCUGGCAGUAUUAGUGAGGAAAUGAACCUAACCCCUUUCACGGGCGAAGGCAAGCCGUCCUGCACGAAAGCCGUCAACCUCAAGUACCACGGACUGGACCUGCACCUCAAGCAAGGAGGCUUGGUGCUAGUCAACGGGAAGGAAGUGGCGUCGUUACCCGUGCACGUUGGAGACGUGUUGAUUAGAGCUGCUUCGUCGCUUUUCCUUAUUGUGCAACUUCCAAAUGGAAUAGAUCUGUGGUGGGAUGGCAACACUAGAGUUUUUGUCGAUGUGCCACCAACGUUCCACGAUAAAACUAAGGGUCUCUGCGGCACCUUCAACCUGAACCAAAAAGACGAUUUCCUCACACCAGAGGGCGACGUCGAGCAGACCGCUCUCGCGUUCGCCAACAAAUGGAAGACCAGGGAACUUUGUACCGAUGUAGACGUGAAGGAGCCAGAGCAUCCGUGCAAAACUAAUGUUCAGAAUAAGGAGUCAGCUGAGAAGUAUUGCAGCAAGUUGAAGAGCAAGUUAUUUGAACCCUGCCACUGGCACGUGUCAGUGGACCCGUACUACGACGAGUGCGUGUACGACAUGUGUGCGUGCGCCGGCGACGCGUCCAAGUGUCUGUGCCCCAUCCUCGGAGAUUACGCUAUGGCGUGCGCCAAGAGCGGAGUGGAGAUACAGUGGAGAUACAACGUUAAAGAAUGCGAACUGUCGUGUACCGGCGGACAAGAAUACACCGUAUGUGCUGACAGCUGCCAACGAACUUGCUCGGACGUGGCGCUGUCAGUGCGCGGGCAAUGCAAGCCAUGCUGCGUGGAGGGCUGCGCCUGCCCCGUUGGUCAGGUUGUGGACAGCAACAAUGUUUGUGUGCCAGUGGGCCUGUGUCCCUGCUUCCAUAAGGGUAUGCAGUUCGAUUCCGGAUACAAAGAAGUCAGAGCUGGACGCAGAGAGAGGGAACUUUGCACAUGCGUCGGCGCACGAUGGGAGUGCGUGCCAGCCACGCCUUACGACAUACAGAACUAUCCGCCGGCAGAAGAUCUUCGCAGCAACUGCAGUGCUGCCAGUCACAUGGAGUUCACUACUUGUGAGGUCGCCGAGCCGCUGACAUGCAAGAACAUGCACCUACCCCCAUCCACAACCACCAAAGAGUGUCGGCCAGGUUGCCAAUGCAAGAAGGGAUACGUGUUAGAUGCUAGUAGCAAUAAGUGUGUACUCGCGACGGAGUGCCCCUGCCACCACGGCGGGCGGAGCUUCCCUGACGGACAUGACAUGCAGGAGGAAUGCAACAAAUGUAAAUGCACAAACGGCAACUGGAACUGCACCGACCUGCAGUGCCCAGGCAUCUGCUCCGCGUGGGGCGACUCGCAUGUGACCACCUUCGACGGCAGAGAGUACGAGUUCGAGGGGGUGUGCACGUAUCUGCUGGCUAAGGGCAGUGCUGACGCGAGUGAUGGCUUUGAAGUGCAGAUACAGAAUGCUCCAUGUGGCACGACCGGCGCGACGUGCUCUAAAACGGUGACCCUAAAAGUCGGCAACGGGAAGAACGAGGAAAUAGUCGAGCUUACCAAGGACGCACCUCUGCCCAACUUUUCUAAACUAGAGAGAAUAAAGCUGCGUAUCGCCGGUAUCUACGUGUUCCUAGAUGUGCCGAGUUUGGGCAUGAGCCUGCAGUGGGAUCGUGGCAUGCGUGUCUACGUUAAAGUGGACUCUAUGUGGCGUAACAGAGUGAAAGGUUUGUGUGGCAACUACAACUCGGAUUCCCGCGACGAUUUCCAAAAGCCGGAAGGUGGCAUUGCCGAGUCAUCUGUGCUGAUCUUCGCUGACUCUUGGAAGCUGAAACAAACUUGCCCCAAGCCUGUGGAAGUCGAGGACCACUGCCGCCAACGUCCCGAACGCAAAGAUUGGGCCACCAGCUCCUGCGGCGCGCUCAAACGCCACCCCUUCACCCUCUGCCACACCGAGGUUCCCCCCACCCCCUUCAUCGAGCAGUGCGAGCGAGACGCCUGCGCUUGUGACUCUGGGGAUGAUUGUACCUGUUUGUGUACUGCGCUAGCGGCAUAUGCGCAUCGGUGUGCGAAUAGAGGAGUUGUUUUCAAAUGGAGGACGAAAGAUAGAUGCCCAAUACAAUGCGACGAAACUUGUGCCACCUACGACCCGUGUAUAUCGCCAUGUCCCGAGGAAACCUGCGAGAACACCUACUACUACAAGGAAAUACUGCCUAUCUGCCAACGAGACACUUGCAUUGAAGGUUGCAAACCAAAGCCUGAAGAAAAGAAGCAGUGUCCAGAGGGACAAAUUUCCUUCAACAUCACCUCAAACGAAUGCGUAUCUCGCGGUCGCUGCAAGCCCGUCUGCAUGACGCUACCGGACGGAACACAAAUUCUGGAGGGCGAGGUGUUGGAGCAGGAUGCUUGUCAUACUUGCCGCUGCUCUAAGAAAGAAAGGAUCUGCACUGGCCAGCCCUGUUCUACAGAGGCCACUCCCCCGCCAAUAGUGAUAACAACCCCUCACGACGAAGGCCUGAAAUGCGUCCCGGGCUGGACGCCCUGGAUCAACCGCGGUCCACCGGAGACAACUGCGGAUGGACAUUCAGUCGAGAAGGAACCUUUACCCAAGUUCAAUGAAAUGCAAAUCGGUCAGCCAAUGUGCGGGAAACAGAACAUGACGCGCAUCAAAUGCCGCACUACAGUGAACCACCAGACUCCCAAGGACACCGGCCUGAAUGUAGAGUGCAGUUUGGAGAAGGGUCUAGUGUGCAAUGAGAUCGGGAACACGUGCCCGGACUUCGAGAUACAAGUAUACUGCCAGUGCGAGAAGGAAGAAGAAGUUUUGCCAGGUCGCUCCCUUCCCGAACCCACAAAACCUCAAAAGGAAGAAGAAGGAGGGGAAGUUUUCCAAUGCCUGAACUCCAAUCACCCGAAUUACCCUCACCCCAGCGACUGCAAUAAAUUCUACGAGUGCACCCCAGACUUGCUGAACCCGUCGAAACCCCACGCGGUUCUCAAGUCAUGCGCUCCAGGGCUCAUGUAUAGUAAGAAGCUGAUGGUCUGUGAUUGGCCCGCCAGCGUGAUUGUGGAUAGACCCGAAUGUGGUUCAGCCACAACACACACCGCACCUACCACACCAUCCACGCCAACAACGCCGAGCGUCUGCCCUCCAGGACAGAUGUUCAAAAAGUGUGCGUACCCGUGCGACAGCCUCUGUGACCACUUCAAGAUGGCGGUCGUGAAGAAAGGACAGUGCAAGUUUGGAGAGCUAGCCACCACAACGCCAAGCCUCUGUCCUCCAGGACAGGUUUUCAAAAAGUGCGCGUAUCCGUGCGACAGCCUCUGCGACCACUUCAAGAUGGCGGUCAUGAAGAAAGGACAGUGCAAGUUUGGAGAGAAAUGCAUUGAAGGCUGCGUGGACCAGUCGGUUGCCAAUAUAAAAUGCGAGUUUUCCUCGCGCUGGCGCGACGAGAAGACGUGUGUGCCGCUCAAAGAUUGCACCUGCGAUUAUGAAGGACAAGUUAUAAAGCCGGGCGGUGUAGUAAACGAGCAAUGCAAGAAAUGCCAGUGCCUCGACAACGCCCUCCACUGCGACACCAGCGAAUGCGUCUCCGUCGCUCUGCCCCCAGGGCCCUCCCAUCUGCCCAUGAUAUUCCCGACGCCCGCCACUCAUCCUACUACAGUUACCACGACAGUGGCGCCUUUGAUUGUGAAGACCACGGUGUCACCGCCGCCUGAAUGUAGCCCAGAAAGAUACAAGAAUCUACUGUGGCAAGGAGAACCGCUGCCUGCCUCGUCAUUCAUCGCCAGUUCGGUCGACAACGAGCAUUUCUCACCGCAAUACGCCAAGCUCAACGGAAAGCCUGAAGGGGAUUCUGGAGGAAGCUGGCUUCCAGCCAACCUAGACACAGACCAAUUCAUCCAAGUGGAACUGCCUACCGCCCAACCGAUAUACGGCGUGAUCUUGCAAGGCAGCCCGAUGUAUGACCAAUACGUGACCAGUUAUGAGGUCAUGUACGGCGAUGACGGGCAUGUGUUUUCGUAUGUGGAGGGACCGAAGGGUGACCGACAGGUAUUCCGCGGCCCAGUGGACCACAUCGGCGCAGUAAAACAGAUGUUCACACCCCCGAUUGAAGCGAAGUUCGUUCGCAUCAAGCCUCUAACCUGGCACGACAAUAUUGCUGUACGCUUCGAGCUGAUUGGCUGUGGAGAUGCUACCACCACCACUACUACUACUGUUGCUACCACGCUCGAGCCCUUACAAUGCACGGAGCCUCUCGGACUAGCAGCCGACUUGCCCAUUGACAGCAUUGAAGUGAGCUCCAACAGCGAGGAUAGGAAGUAUUUCGCGCUGACGGGACAGAGGGGAUGGCGGCCGUUGUACAGCACGCCCGGGGAAUGGAUUAUGUUCGACUUCACCGCACCGCGCAACAUAACUGGUAUCAAGACAAAAGGCGGCGUCAACAGCUGGGUGACUGCCUACACGGUUAUGUACACGACCGACUUGUCCACUUUCCACCCGGUAGUGGACUCGUCCGGUGCGCCUGUGAUCUUCCCUGCCAACUUCGACAGGGAUAGUGUGGUCACCACGGAGUUCCGUCCACCCAUACACGCACGAUAUCUGAAAGUGUUGCCAGCCAAAUGGAAAAACAACAUUGAGAUGAGAAUCGAGCCUAUAGGCUGCUUUGAACCGUACCCGACACCCACGACAACACUCUCUCCCCUGCAAUGCACGGAGCCCCUCGGUUUGGCGGCUGACCUCCCCAUCGAGAGCAUCGAAGUGAGCUCCAAGAGUGAAGAUAGAAAGUACUUCGCGCUGUCAGGGCAAAGAGGAUGGAAGCCUUUGUACAGCACGCCCGGCGAAUGGAUCAUGUUCGACUUCACCGCCCCUCGCAAUAUCACCGGUAUCAAGACUGCUGGCGGCCCGAACGGUUGGGUGACGGCAUACACCGUCAUGUAUACAUCCGACCUGAACACUUUCACCCCAGUAGUGGACGAUGCCGGCGCACCUAAACUGUUCCCCGCCAACUUCGACAGAGACAGUGUGGUCACCACGGAGUUCCGUCCGCCCAUACACGCGCGGUACUUGAAGGUGUUACCGGCCAAGUGGAAGGACAACAUUGAGAUGAGAGUCGAGCCUAUAGGCUGCUUCGAACCUUAUCCGGUGCCGACAACCACGCUCGCGCCCCUUCAGUGCACGGAACCCCUCGGGCUAGCGGCUGACCUCCCCAUUGAGAGCAUCGAAGUCAGCUCCAAAAACGAGGAUAGGAAGUACUUCGCGCUUUCGGGCCAGAGAGGAUGGAGGCCUUUAUACAGCACGCCUGGAGAGUGGAUCAUGUUCGACUUCACUGCCCCGCGCAACGUAACCGGCGUCAAGACCAAAGGCGGUGUCAACGGCUGGGUGACUGCCUACAACGUCAUGUACACGUCCGACUUGUCCACCUUCAACCCAGUUGUGGACGAUACCGGCGCAACUAAACUGUUUCCCGCCAACUUCGACAGGGAUAGUGUAGUGACCACAGAAUUCCGUCCGCCCAUUCACGCGCGGUACUUGAAGGUAUUACCCGCUAAGUGGAAGGACAACAUAGAGAUGAGAGUCGAGCCUAUAGGAUGCUUUGAACCAUAUCCGGCAACAUCACCCAAGCCCACUCAAUCACCUUUCAUCCCCACCACGGAGGCCUGCGUGCUCUGCCCUGGAAUACAGCCAGCAACCUGCGACUGCCACAACGGUACUGCCAAGUAUUACGACGGCGAUGGCUGUGUGACAAGAGACCAGUGUCCGUGUGUUGAAGGUUUUAUGACGUACGCCGUUGGCUCAUCAUUCCGCGGCACCAACUGCGACGAGUGUGUUUGCAAACUUGGUGGUGUGACGGACUGCAAGCCCGUCAAGGAGUGCAAGUGUGCUUCGGACCUAGUACCAAAACUGACAUCCACCUGCGAAUGUCUCUGCGAGCCCUGUCCUGCUGGCACCAAGAUUUGCCCAACCAGCAAGUUCUGUCUGGACAUCAAGAAGUGGUGCGAUAGUCUCCAAGACUGUCCUGAUGACGAGAGGGACUGUUCCACGACUGCACCUUGGGUGGUGACAACAGUUGAGCCUCCAGUGGUGACUACCAUUGUGCCAACUGUCGCUGCUACUCUACCUACCACUACCACCGAUAGUCUGCAAGAUUGUCCUGAUGACGAGAGGGAUUGUUCCACCACUGCACCUUGGGUGGUGACAACAGUUGAGCCUCCGGUGGUGACUACCAUUGUGCCAACUGUAGCUGCUGCUCUACCUACCACUACCACCGUUAAACCUAUAGAAUGCGAAGAAGUGAAAUGCCCACCAGGCUACCUAGUCCGACUGAUCGCCUCCCACUACACCAGUUCAUCAACCUCCGAUCUACCUCCACCGCGUCCGCGCCAGUCUUACAGGCGAUAUCAAACUGGAUAUGCUAAGGGAGGAUCUAGCGGUGGAUACGCGAAGGGUGGAUAUGCGAAAGGUGGAUUUACGAAGGGUGGAUACACGAAAGGUGGAUAUGGUGGUGGUUCUUCACAAUCCCAAAGCUUUACCCUCGACAAGGCGACCCUGCCAACUGUCGCACCAAACACCACCAAAGAGUGCCAACAGUUUAGAUGCGUUCCAAAACUGCCUCCCCUCCGCCCCGGCAUCACCCGUGCUCCGCAGAUCUGCUCCACCCCUGUCUGUCCUCCAGGAUACUCGCUCAGAUUAGAGGCUGUUGCUAUAGCCAAUGAAUGUCCACAAUACGGCUGCGUGCCACCUCCCGAGCGUCCCGUAUUCUGCAACGUCACCGGACGCACGUUCAACACUUUCGACGGCUCCGAGUACAAAUACGACAUCUGCUAUCAUAUGCUGGCCCGUGAGACUACCUUCGGGGACUGGACCAUCAUCCUCCGCAAGAAAUGCCGCGUCGACGGUUGCUCCAACCACCUCCUGGUCAGCCAAGACGACCAGCUAAUCCUCGUGAAGCCUAACCUCAUGAUAGAGUACGACAACUUCGAGUACACCGUCGAGCAAACCAACGAGAUCUGCUUCCAGAAGAACAGCUUUGAUAUCAGCAAGUUGGGGAACGGUUUGGCGAUCAAGAGCAGGAAAUAUAACUUUGUCGUGCUGUAUAAUACGGAUGGGGAUGUCAAAGUUGGGGUUUACAAAUCACAUCUAAACCACGUAGACGGUCUCUGCGGCUUCUACGACGGUAUCGCCUCCAACGACCGUCGCAUGCCCAACGGUGCGCAAGCGACCAGUGUGGACGAGUUCGGACGAAGCUGGGCCAAGCCCGGACUCUCGCCGAAGGCUUGUGAGACUAAAGUCAUCCCGCCUGAGAAGCAGAAGCGAGCUUGGGACUUGUGUGACGUCAUUACCAAAGAACCCCUCUCGAAAUGCUCCAAGGUCCUCAACCUAGACUUAUGGCGCAACAUCUGCCUGGAGAAGCUCUGCAAAUGCACAGAAUUGAUGGUCGACGGCAGGCAACGUACUGAGGAGGAGUGCCGGUGUCUCCUGGUUGAGAAAAUGGUGGCGGAGUGUCUAGCUGCCGAUAAGGACUUGGAUAUUGCAGCGUGGAGGAUGAAUUUGAACUGUCAACUGAUGGUCGACGGCAGGCAACGUACUGAGGAGGAGUGCCGGUGUCUUCUGGUUGAGAAAGUGGUGGCGGAAUGUCUAGCUGCCGAACUGAUGGUCGACGGCAGGCAACGUACUGAGGAGGAGUGCCGGUGUCUUCUGAGUUCUAAGCUCUGCAAAUGCACGGAACUGAUGGUCGACGGCAGGCAACGUACUGAGGAGGAGUGCCGGUGUCUCCUGGUUGAGAAAAUGGUGGCGGAGUGUCUAGCAGCUGAUAAGGACUUGGAUAUUGCAGCGUGGAGGAUGAAUUUGAACUGUCCCGCGGACUGCCCAGCUCCUCUAGUCCACUACGACUGCUACAGCAAGACUUGUGAGCCAACAUGCUCGACGAGCGGCAACCGUCAAGCAUGCUCCACGCAGCCCGGACAAUGCUUCCCUGGUUGCUACUGCCCUGAGGGAAAACUGAGAAAGGGGGAUAAGUGUGUCACACCACAGGAAUGUUUGGACUGUAACUGCCAUGGCUUAGGCUCACCGGCCCAAUAUACCACGUUCGAGGGAGACGACAUGCCCUGCCUUGGCAACUGCACUUAUCUCGCUUCUAGAGAUAGGAACGAAACGGGACAGCAUAAGUACGAGUCUGAACCUCUUUUAGGCUCACCGGCCCAAUACACCACGUUCGAGGGAGACGACAUGCCCUUCCUCGGCAACUGCACCUAUCUCGCUUCUAGAGAUAGGAACGAAACGGGACAGCAUAAAUACGAGGUUUACGCUACUAACGGGCCUUGCGAUGGCAAAGCCAGCGCCACCUGCACCAAGUCAGUGCACGUCAUUUACGAGAAGAACGUCAUCCACGUCACCAAGGAUCCCGUCACUAAGAAGCUGGUGACCAGUUUCGGCAAGAGUGUAGUUUUCAAGUUCCCCGCGAAGAAGGACUGGGUGACCAUCAGCGUGGUCAACAAACAAGACGUUGUUGUGAAACUACACGACGCGUUUAUGGAGCUAACGGUGCUGAACGCGAAGAUGGAGUUUGGCAUCCGCGUGCCAUCACACGUGUACGCCAAUGCCACGGAGGGCCUGUGUGGUGUCUGCGCUGGCUACCAGGAAGCUUUAGUCACUAGCAAUGGUACUCUCACAGGAGAUUUUGAACUGUACGGCAAGAGUUGGCAAGCGACCCCAACUGCCCUCACUACCUUGGGUAUGUCACCACAAGACCAGUGUGACCAGCCGCCGCCGCCAGAACCCGAGUGUGUACCGCCGCCAGCUGACCAGAACGUCUGUUACAACCUGUUUGAUAAGGACAAGUUUGGACAGUGUCACGCGUUAGUGGACCCGCAGCCGUUCUUAGAAGCUUGCGAGAAGGAUAUCUGCGGAAAUGCUACAGACCUAUGUUCGACACUGGAGAACUAUGCCAGCGCUUGCCGAAGACAGGGCGUUUGCCUCGACUGGAGAGGUACACUCUGUCCUAGCACUUGCCAAGCACCGUUCGUGUACCGACCAUGCGUAGACUGUGAGCAGACCUGCGAGAACCAUGAUGAUUUGAAAAAGGACCCCAAAAAAUGCGACAAGAAACCAGUGGAGGGCUGCUUCUGUCCUGAAGGAAAGGUUCGAGUAGAGAACAGCUGUAUAGGGCCAACGAAAUGUUUCCCUUGCGAUGCCAAUAAGGAACACUACGCUGGAGACGAGUGGCAAGAAGACGCAUGCAGCAAAUGCACGUGCAGCAAGCUGGAGGGCGAGCGCGUCGCGCACGUAUCGUGCACGAAAAUGACGUGCUCCGUGCCCGUGUGCGCGCAGGGCGAGGAACUCCUCACUACACCACGACCUGGCGCUUGCUGUUCUGAGUACUUGUGCGUACAAAAACCGCAAGCAUUGUGUGAAGAGCCUAAGAAGAUGGAAUGUGGAUACGGCCAAAUACUUAAACAGAAAACUACGCCUAGCGGAUGCAAGGAGUUUGCCUGUGAAUGUAAGCCGGCCAGUGAAUGCGAGCACAUCCCAACCGACAGCGAGGUGGAAAUCAUGCCGGGCAUGCAACGCAUCAUCGACAAUUCCGGCUGUUGUCCGAGAGCACAACUGCUGUGUCGUCCGGACACGUGCCCCGCGCCCGUGUCGUGCCCGCCGCACCACACGCGUCGUGUCGUUAAUACCACGGGCGGUUGCUGUCCGGAUUAUAAAUGCGACAUAUUACUAAGAAUGCCGGGCAUGCAACGCAUCAUCGACAAUUCCGACGGUUGUCCGAAAGCACAACUGCUGUGUCGUCCGGACACGUGCCCCGCACCCGUGUCGUGCCCGCCGCACCACACGCGUCGUGUCGUUAACAUCACGGGCGGUUGCUGUCCGGUUUAUAAAUGCGAAUUGCCCGCCGAUAAAUGCCUAGUGACACUAGAAUGGGAGGCAGCUCCCAAAGGUGGCGAAAAAGCCCGAUCUACGCCACAGACCAUGCUGAAGGAUCUGGACUCUGCUUGGCUCGACGGUCCGUGCCGUUCAUGCCGCUGCGAGCCGUCCCCCCCGGGCCCCGCGCCGCGCUGCGCCGUGACGGAGUGCCCCGCGCUGGGCGCCGGCGACCAGUUCGUGCUGGAGCCGCGCCCCGUGCCCUUCGCGUGCUGCCCCGGCGCCGCGCAGGUCGCUUGUCGGGCGGGAGACACCGUGUACAGAGUGGGCGAAAACUGGACGAACCCGCACGACGUAUGCGAAUCUUAUCAAUGCGUACAAGUGGAAGAUGGGAAAUUAGAGAAAGUCACAACCGUGCAGACCUGCCCUACAGAUUGCGAACCGGGCUGGAAGUACUUCCCCGCCAAGCCCUCGAGCGGUCAAUGUUGCGGCAAGUGCAAGCCAGUAGCUUGCGUAUGUACUGGCGUGGAACGGCCUAUUGGCACGACGUGGCAGUCACCGGACCUGUGUACUAACUACACUUGUCUGUUAGCUGACGGCAACCUGCAAGUCCAAACGUCAAACGAGACCUGCCCGGAAGUCCCCGUGGCCUUGAGGAAGCAGUUCGUCCUGAAAGAGGAGAAGCCGGCGGGCAAGUGCUGCAAGACACAGGAGCCUGUUGCUUGCCGAGUGGGAAAUGACAUUUAUCAGGAGGGUCAAACAUGGCAGUCUCCAGACCCGUGCAAGAACUUCACUUGCGCACGCGACGGUACUGGCCGACUGGCGCACUCGCCCAACGUAGAGACUUGCACGACGACUUGCAAGCGAGGCUGGAAAUACGUGAAGCCAGUGCCUGGCGUCUGCUGCGGACAUUGCAGACAGGAGCAGUGCGUGGUGGAAGAUGAGUUGAAGGACGCAGGUUCAAUCUGGAAGUCCACUGACAACUGCACAACGUUCACCUGCGAGCGCAGCGGCGACGACCUGCUGAUGACGUCAUCCCGCGCCCCGUGCCCCGACGUGGCGGCGUGCGCGCCGGAAGACCUCGUUAAGGAGACCUGUUGCACGGUGUGCAAGGAAAAACCCGCUGCCCUUAAAACUUGUUACCCCGAGCAAAUACCACAAUCGGAGACAGUGGGCCUGAUCCGCGUGACACUACGACCCCAUGGCGUCUGCGUGAACGCUGCUCCCGUGCCAGGCUUCCGAGAAUGCCGUGGGUCAUGCCAAUCCGGCACACUCUACAACAACCAGACCGGCAGCCACGACUCCCGGUGCGAAUGUUGCCAGGCGACAAAAUACACCAAAGUGACGGCAUCGCUGAACUGCGAAGAUGGAACCACGCAACCUCACGUCGUCGCGUCGCCGCUGGAGUGCGGGUGCCGUGCGUGUGGGACCACCGUCUCCAAGUACCCUACUAAGACCGGGUAUGGAGUUAAGAACGGAGUAAAAACGACGCAGAAACGCGAAGAGUACGACUACGAUAUCCCAGAGAUCUACGCGAGAAUGGCGCCCGAGUCUCGCAGAUAGAUACCACGCCGAGAACAGAGAAUCACACGAGAAUUCUCAGAGAACCAGCCGAGAAAUCUAAUGAGGAAUUGGAAAAGAUAAACAAAAGCUUUUAAUAACAAUUUAUAUUUAAGAGACAGAUAUUGAUCACAUGUAUUUUUUUUGUAAAUAAAACAUAUAUUUUUAAA